GGAGGACGUCGGGACGGAACCCGGACUGCCGCUGCCCACGGGCUCAUCCUGGCUUCCAUGGGUGAUAUUCACUUGCCAUGCAGUGGCUGCAGCCAGGCUCCCUUCAGAGCUGCUGCCGCCCCACGCGCGGGCCUUGUCGUGGCCCCACAGCCCGGCUCUGCGUUAAGGUAGUCAAGCCACAUACACCCUUAAUCAAGUUCCCGGACAGAAAAAAUAGUCCCAAACCUAAAAGUUUUGAAAUCUGGGUUUCAGUGCAGGAAUCUCUACAAGCAAGGGUACCACCACUCCAUGCUUCAGCAGCACAGAUGUCUGUAGGAGACAGACCACCAGCCCUUCAAAACAUUUCAUCCAUUAGCAGAGUACAAGGCACACCAGACACGACAGAAUUAGUAAAAACAUUACCUCAAAAGUACAGGAGAAAGCUGAUGUCAGAUGAGGAGAUGGAAUACAUUCAACGUGGAGGUCCAGAAUAAUUACAGAAGAUACUUGUUCACCACUGCUGAAUGAAUUACUGUAUUCACAUUAAAGGCCUUCCUCACUCUAUGAAUGUUAUAAACAGUUUGUUAAUAGCUUUAAUAAUGGCCCUGUAGAAAGGGGUGAGAAAGUUGACACUUGUCUUCUAAUUUAUGUUUCUGGGCCAGCUUUUCUGUUAAAGGCUGACUAAGGUAAUUGUCUGAAUCCCCUUUAGAAACCUACACUAUUAAAAUGUAACUUAAGCAAUAAAAUUGUCAAGAAUA